GAUUCUGGGUGCCGUGAAAUCCUUUGUUGUGACUCUCGUGAAGCCCUGGGUUUAGCUGCACUCACCUGCUGUGAGGAUGGACAGCGAGGUGCAGAGGGAUGGCAGGAUCCUGGAUUUGAUCGAUGACGCGUGGAGGGAAGAUAAAUUGCCCUACGAGGACGUGGCUAUCCCUCUGAAUGAGCUCCCUGAACCAGAGCAAGACAACGGUGGCACCACCGAGUCUGUGAAAGAGCAAGAAAUGAAGUGGACAGAUUUGGCUCUCCACUAUCUGCAUGAAAACGUUCCACCCACGGGAAACUAGUGAGUCAGUGAGAUUUCAUGCAGCAGAUGCAUGAAUGCCACAUGAAAAUAUUUUUCAGCUGACCGCUGUUGUCAGAAGCUGCUCUAAGGAAGAAACAGCAUUCCUGAAACAUUUGGAUUCCAGCAGUGGUUCUGCUCACAGCGACCAGUUUAAAAUGCUUCUCUAAUGAGUGUGAAAUAGCAGAGGCUCUCUGACACCCAGAGCUAAGAGCAGAAUGUUUCACUUAUUUAUUUCAUUUUUUCUGUUAAAUUUUUCUGAAGUUGGUGCCAAUUCUGAUCUUCAGUGUUUUCUACACAUGAUUAAAAAGUAGUUUUUACUGUC